CCGACGCUCCGAACCACAACUAUAAGAGCGUCCGACCUGUGGAACGUGCCUCUAGUUAACCUGCGAAAACCAGAGCAGAUUGUGAGCGUGUCAGGUCAGCAAAGAAGAACAUCACCACUUAGCAAAAGAUGCCAGGCCCGUCGAGACCCUUGUGGCAGGUUGCUGGUAAGAGGGAUCCUCAGCAAGAGCAGGAAGCCCAGAAAUGGAUCGAAUCUGUGACCGGUAUGAAGUUUCCACCGGGCGCCGCCUACGAAGAGGUUCUCAGAGACGGAAUUCUGCUGUGCACGCUGAUGAACAGCCUCAAACCCGGAAUCAUCUCUAAAAUUAAUACGAGCGGCGGCGACUACAAGAUGAUGGACAACCUUAGCCAGUUCCAGAAGGCUUGCGUCAAGUACGGUGUGCCCGACGUUGACCUCUUCCAAACCACCGAUCUGUGGGACUUCAAGAACAUCGCUCUCGUCACCACCACGAUCUUCGCCGUCGGUCGUACCGCUUACAAACAUCCCGAAUGGAAGGGACCGAUGUUGGGACCUAAACCCUCCGAAGAGCACAAGAGGGAAUGGACCGAGGAGCAGCUGAGGGCCGGCGAAGCUGUGAUCGGUCUUCAGGCUGGAUCCAACAAGGGCGCGACGCAGUCCGGACAGAACUUCGGCGCUUCCAGGAAGAUCAUCUUCGGCAAAUAAACAACGAUUUCAUUAUUAUCGUAUUUUCAUCAUUUGCAAUUAAGGAAAAAAAAUGUAUAUUUUUUAUUUAAUAAAAUCUUUUCGAAAUAAUUGUUUAUUAAACUUUUUACAAUCAAAUAACGGAAUUUAUGUAUAUCAAAAUACAUCACUAGUUUCAUUCUUACAGAAACAUUCAAGUUGCAACUUUUAGUCUUUCUUCAAAGUUCAAUUUCCUUGGUUUAUCAGAAGCGAAGAAUUAAAUUAUAUAAAGUAAAGUUA